AAAAAAAAAAAAAAAAAAAAAAAAACGUACGGUGUUUUCCCUUUUGUUCUCGUUUUUCUUUUUAUCUAUUUCUCUCUUUUUUUUAUAUAUAUUAUAUCUUUUAUAUUUAUUUUGUCGUCAUUCUUAUCAUGGCGUCUUCUAACAACAACAACAAUAGUGGUAGAUAUGAAAAUGGUGAUGACAUGCCGAAACAUAUUCCUGUGGAUAUGGGUAUGGCACCACGAGCUCAUCCUUAUGAACAACAUCAUAUCCAUACACGACAAGACCGACCCUCGCAUCGUCAACAUAGUCUUUCUCCUGAACAACUUGGUGUGGUAGGGUAUGUACGAGAUGUGGCUGGCUUUGUGAAGGAUACUAUGCAUGAUAUUCGAGAAACGCAUCAACGUCGACGAUCAGAAGACGAAGAAGAACAUAAACGAUUGAUAGAACAACAACAACAACCACAACAACAAUCACAACGAGAAUCACCACCUCCUCCAGCACAACAACAAUUGACUUCUACACCUCUGGCAAAUGUUGUCACUGGUUUGUUCCCAGGUAUUGCUCAAUCACCUCCAUUACAAGCUUCAUCUCCUCCUCCUGCUUGUACUCAUGCUGAUGCUUUACGACAAGACUUACGUGAGCAAUUACAACAUACUUCUUCGGAUAAAGAACAUCGACUUUUAUAGAAAACAAAAAAAACAUUCUUUGGUAUAGCUUGUAGUAUUUUUUUUUUUUGAAGGGUGUUUUUGGAUUUAUCUAUCUAUUGUAUAUAGUGUGUGUUAUUAUUGGAUGAUCAACAAUAAAUUCUCUUUUAUAUGUAUUUGUCAUUUUAUAUUGUAUUAAAAGUUCUUU